AUGCAGACACUGUUUAUCCGCAGACCAUCGAGAUCACCGUUGCAGGCGACUGCUGGCAUUGUAAGACAAUUAGUGACAUCAGUUCAUAAUAAUAGACGGAAAGCAGUUGUAAUUGGAGGAUCAGGGUUCGUUGGAAAGUAUGUUGCCAAAGCCUUUGUUAACGAUUCCGAUACAGAGGUACAAAUAUAUGCACGGCAUCCGAAUAUCGAUGAUUUGAAAACUCUAGGCAAUCAGAUACUCUCGCCAAUCUCGUGUGACAUUACUUCUCAAUCAGACGUAUCAAACGCGUGCAAGGAUGCCAAUAUUAUAGUCAAUCUAGUUGGAAUACUGCAUGAGAAUCCUCCAAUUUACACGUUCGAAAAUGUGCAGCAUCAAGGUGCAAAAAAAGUAGCAAUCGCUGCGAGAGAGAACGAGGCUCAACUCGUUCAUAUCAGCGCCAUAGGAGCUGAUCCGAGUAGUGAAAUUCCAUAUGCUAAAACCAAAGGAUUGGGUGAAAUCGCCGUCCGUGAGGAAUAUCCAGACGCCAUCAUCGUUCGUCCGAGCUUGAUAUUUGGACCCGAAGAUGACUUUUUUAAUCGAUUUGCCAAAUUAGCUCGAUAUCUUCCAUUCAUGCCAGUAUUCGGAGGCGGAAACACUAAAUUUCAGCCAGUACAUGUAUGGGAUUUAGCCAAGGCAAUAACCCAAGCUGGCAAAGACCGAAAUCUACGAGGGAAGACAAUCGAGGCAGGAGGGCCUACCGGUAUGCUACAGGAAAAUGACCUUGCUGGUAUUAGACGACCCAUAAUUUCCUUGCCAUGGUUCGUUGGGACGAUACAAGGUUACUUUCUCGAGAAACUCCCAGUAAAUCUAUUUACAAUUACAAGAGAUCAGGUCAAGCUUCUUCGUAAGGACAAUAUCGUUUCACCGUCAUCUGAUGUGUUAACUCUUCAAGAUAUGGGAAUUGAUCCUCGUCCAGCUGAACAGAUUCUACAUCAUUAUCUGAGACACCAUGAUCGCGCAACAAGCAACAAGAGAACACACAGAAUGGUCGGUAGAGACACCAUGGAAGAAAUGGCCGAGAUUGAGGAAAUACGCAGACAGACGCCGAAGAAUGGGUUAGAAUUGGAAAAAAAAUAUAGAAAAAUACAAGAAGAGCAAGUUAAACGGUAG